GGGGGGGGGUAUGGAGAAGGGAGGUCACAUUGGGUGAUGCCGGCAGCUGUGCACCCUCACAGAGAAAGAGAGAGCAGUCUAGGCGGCGGAGGGAUGUGUCCGAUGGAGUGAAGAGGCUCAGCCGGAUCUUUAUCCUGAGCAGGCAGGCAGUGUGUGGCCGCUUCUCAUUGUGACUGAGCAGCUCAGGGAAGUGCUGGAGUCGUGUCUGUGCAUCCCGUCCCGUGCUUCCUUCCUUAGGCUGGAUACAGCGCAAACUCCGCGGAACUUUAUUCCCCGCAACCUGAGAUCUGAGUAGCAGCCGUCGGCUGUAGGGGAAUAUUUGUCACCGGGUGAAGACGAGCAAUGCCUUCUGUGAUGGAAAAGUCUCACGGCUCUUCUGCUGUGAUCUCCCGCAACAGGGCCAAAUCGGACAGCCUGGGGAAUUCGGAAGAAGAGAGCAGCGAGGAUGAAGCCCCACGGGAUAGCAUGAUACGCGUGGGCUCUGAUUACCAAGCUCAGAUUCCUGAAUGUAAACCAGAUAACACAUCUCCAUCCGGUAACGUGGAAUUGAAGGGAAUGUUGGUUUGGUCGCCCAGUCAGUUUGUGUCUGAUGCAAAGUUAAAUGAAUACAUCACGAUGGCGAAAGAGAAGCACGGAUACAACGUGGAGCAGUCGCUGGGGAUGCUGCUGUGGCACAAGCAUGACGUGGAGCGAUCCCUCGCCGACCUGGCGAAUUUUACUCCUUUCCCCGAAGAAUGGAGCGUGGAAGACAAGGUUCUCUUUGAGCAAGCUUUCAGCUUCCAUGGAAAAAGCUUCCAGCGCAUCCAGCAAAUGCUCCCAGAGAAGCUGAUCCCCAGUCUGGUGAAGUAUUACUACUCUUGGAAGAAGACUCGCAGCAGGACCAGUGUUAUGGACAGGCAGGCCCGUAGACUGCAAGCCAAAAGGGAGGAGGGCAUGGAAGAGGUAGAGGAUCAGAUCAAGAUGAGUGAUAACGAAACAGAUGUUACAGAGACAAAGAAGGAGGCCCCCGUCCCCCAGAAAGUUGUAUCGGGAGCAGUGAGUGGAAAAACUGGACCUGUCAGAAAGGAACCAUUAAUCUCUCAGUACAGACACCACCCCCUGCGUUCCCGCCAGAGGCCCCCCAAAGGCAUACACCUCAACAAAAGUGACGUUUCAGCAGUGUGUGCCAGCUCCGAGAUGCCAGCUAUUGCCUUGUGCCAGUUGGAGACGCAACUUAUCUCGCUGAAACGCCAGGUUCAAAAUAUCAAACAGAUGAAUAGUAGCUUAAAGGAGAGCCUUGAAGGAGGAAUCAGUGAGAUGAGACCCCCAGAGUUGAACAUUAAGCUGAAUGCCCGUUGGACUACAGAUGAACAACUCCUGGCUGUGCAAGCGGUAAGAAAAUACGGCAAGGAUUUCCAGGCCAUCUCAGAGGUCCUUGGCAAUAAAACACCAUCUCAGGUGCAGAUAACCUCCGUCUCCUCUUCCUCCCAGCCUGCACCUCCUGCUGCUGCUGCUGCUGCUUCACUCUCGCUCCCCCCACCACUACUGCGUCCGGCUAUUCCUUGUGCUCCUACGCUGCACCGACAGCCCCCUCCACUCCAGCCUGGACGCCUCCUCCAGCCCCGUCCUCCUCCGCUUGUUCGUCCUGCCCCUCGGCAAAGCCCUCGAGCUCCUCCGGCCUUGGUGGGAAGUCACGCCGAGUCGACUUUCUCUUGAGGAACUGAUUCAGUUUAUCUCCUAUGGAUAUUUUGUGAGGGUUGGGGUAUUUAUGGGAGGACAACACUGAAAAUAUUUAAUAACACAACUUCUGCAGAGCAGUGCAUCUUAUCUCCCAAAAUGUGCAUGGGUUAACACAUGGCAGCAACUGGUAUAUGUGUGCAAAAUGCAAAACCAUUUUUAUCAGUGUUACUCUAGAGGUAAGUUUGUAUUGGAAGAAAAAUCCUCAAUACCUUUAGUUGCUCUGCACACUUCAAAUUGUUUUUUUUUUUUUUUUUGAUUGAAAAAACUGAAAAGGUGUUUAUUGGGGAAGGGAAAGUAGCAGUGCGCCCUCUGCUGUUUGAUUGUGAUAGUAAAAAAUGUACUGGCCUUCUUGGCAAUGCACAGUAGAUGCCAUGCAUUGAAUAUGGCUGCACUGAUGGACUCGGUGGAUAGGUAAGCUGAUGCACGCACACAUGCCGUAUAGUUUACGAAUCUCUCGCGAAAACUUUUCUUUUUUCGGUGGCACUGAGUACUGUUCAAUGCUCGCAAAGUCCAAUAUCCGUUCAUUUCACAGGCAGAAAGCAUUAAACACUGAUAAGAGAAGUUUUUAGUUUGCCAAUAUGGCAGAAAAUGACUGUGAAACAAAAACCUGGCUUUCUCCUCUGUUCUUAUAUCUAUGAAAUGCUACAGACCCUGUAAGGAUAAGCUUAAUGGGAAGUGAGCAGGGGGCACGAGUCAGAAAGAUGGCUGCUUUGCUUGACAUCACUGACCAAUGGUUUAAAGCAUUAACCGGGAUUUCUGAUUGGCGGACAUGUCUGACUGUAGUAGUGAUGUUCAUCUUGUUGCCCCUGUGGCUGUUGUACUACAAUGUUAAGAGAGUAGUAGUCCAACAGCGUCUGGGGAAUGCGGGUUGGUCCUACUGAAGUCAGUUUUAUCAUAUAAUGUGUAACUGUAUGGUUUUCUCCUUCCGUUGGAUGGCUGAACUCUGCUGCAGGCCUCGCCCACUGGAGCUUUAAAGCAGAAUGGAUUCUUUUUUGCCCGGAAGUUCGUGUGACUAGCCAAGAGGAACACUGGGCAGGAAGGACAAACCGCAGCAUCGGACUUCUCCAUCAGCUUCAAAAUAUCCUUCCCUGGGAGCAACAAGAUUUACUAUGUACAGAAUCCACUGGAUUGGGUGGAUCGAAUAUUAUUGGGACUCCUGUUUGUUUAGGCUACAUCUGUUACAUGAGUGCGCUCCAGUGUUGGAUCUAUAGGUAUAUACUGAAUGGGGUGGAGCACAAGUAACAUUGUUGAUGCUGUGAAAGCCACUGUGUGGAUAGGAGAAUACUUGCUCCUCAUUAAACCAUGGGACCAAGGGACUUUUAAACACUAUUGGAUUCCAACCUGUAGAUGGUGCUAUAUCCUGAUUAAUUAUUCUUAAUUAGACUCUCUCUGUCAGGGGGUGAGAGUUGGUGAUGGAAUUGUUUUGUUUCAUGUUUAUGUUGCAUACAUUAGACUGUCGCUAAGUGACUGUGCUGUGUGGCGUGGGACUUCCUCUGUCCAGUGAUGUAGUAGUGACUUUUUAACUCUCAAUAGUCAAUAAAAUGGGUUUUUUUUCCUAA